GUCCAACAUGACGCAAACAAAGAGCGACAACAACUAGAUCGUUCCACCACAACACUUGAGAAUCGUGGCGAUUGUCCAUAGAUUGAUAAUGCUAAACGAUGGGAACAUAUUUGAAAUCUAUUGCAUGUGUUUAAAUACGUCUGUACCCGCCUGAAGCGCGUAAGUGGUGGAUUUGGUAGCGUCAGAGAGCAGAGCCUGUGAGCAAAUCCUCCCUGGAGUUGACAGAACCGGGCGCAGUGUGGUGCUAAGAGGGUGUGUUCUGCAGCUGUGGAUGCGGUGCAUGUUCCACCGGCAGCACCAGGCGCCACGCAGGAAAGACAGCGCUGAGAACCAGAGGAGAACACAGAGCGUGGAGAACCGGCGAGGCGCCCAGAAGGCCAAGCACGUGUCGCGUGUGUCCACCCUCAGGGGGAAGCGUCUGCGUGGCCACGUUCGCACUUACCUGUCCAGCCUGGGCUCUGAGGCUGGCCUGCUGACCCGCCAGGUCCAUGGGGCCGCCCUGCUGAAGCAGCAUUGUCCCGGCCCGCAGAACCUGCGUAGGAAUGGGCCGCAGGCUGAGAUGAGGGUCCCCGAUCACAGCAGCCCCGACCCGGACGCGUCCCCACCGGCCUCGGACCCGGCUGCAGCCCAGACGCCAGAGAAUGGACGCUCGCGGAGGAGGCGCGUGCCCAAGACCUGCGACUGCUGUGGGCCCAACAGCAAAACUACGGUGGCCGGCAGGGGACAUACUAAUGACAAGACGGGCAGCCACACCCAUCCGGGAGUCAAGAAGAGGGGCCGCCGGAAGAAGGAGGAGUCUGUUGCCAAGGUGACGACAGAGAUGGACAUGACUGUGGACAUGCAGGAGGCGGAGCCUAAGAGGGAUGUACAGGAGGGGGAGGGGCGGGGCCAAGACCAAUGUCAUGCAGAAGGUCAGCCUGAAGGUCAGGCUGAAGAUCAAAGUGACGAUCAGGCUGAAGGUGGAGUUGGCGUCCCCCAUCUGCACGUCUCUGGUGCUGAGAUGGAGGCAGACCAGCAGGCAGCCAAUCAGGCCCCAGCGCUGACUCCCAUCCAGUCACACGACCAGACUGCCAGCCGGUCGGCGCCCUCGGAGCCGACUCCUCCUGGCCUGGUGAACGGCACGGCGGAAAGCUCCGAGGUGGAGGAGCCCCCGCUGCCCAGCGAUGGGGAGAUGGAAGUGGAGGCCCCUCCUGUGGCCCCAGCCCCUGCCCCUGACCCUCUGGACCAUUGUGUGCCCCCCCCCAUGUGGGACCACCACUACUGUAAGAGGCCGCCGGGCCUCGACCCCCCCACAGACAGCCCCCCGCACACACAAACUCACACACACCCCGCAGACAGCAGCCAUGAAGGAGUCGUAGACCUCAUUCACGAAUACCUUGAGGACUUUUAUGAGAAGUACGGCAGCUUCAUUCCUCUGUGUGAGACGGAGAUUCACGAUUAUCUAAACAAGAAGUACAACACUGACCUCAGCGACAGGAAGUUGAUCCACUCGGAGGUGGCCAAGUACAAGGCAGGCCUGGCCUCUGUGUCCAUGCAGCACUUUAAAGUGAGCCACAACAAGCACACACUCACCUUGGAGGACCUGUCCACGCUCGACCACCACAACUGGGUCAAUGACCAGGUGAUCAACAUGUAUGGUGAACUGAUCAUGGAGGCUGCCAGCCAUAAGGUUCAUUUCUUCAACAGCUUCUUCUACAGGCAACUAGUGGCUAAAGGCUAUGAGGGAGUGAAACGGUGGACCAAGAAGGUGGAUGUGUUCACUAAGCGGCUGCUGCUGAUUCCGCUGCACCUGGAGGUGCACUGGUCUCUAAUCACAGUGGACGUGACCAGUAAGAGCGUCCACUUCUACGACUCCCAGGGGAUCAUGUUCAAGUACGCCGUGGAUAACAUCCUGAGGUAUCUGUUGGCAGAGGCCAGAGAGAAAAAGCAGCCGGGCUUCCAGAAGGGCUGGAAGAUGCUCAUCAACAAGUGUAUUCCUCAACAGAAGAAUGAUAGUGACUGUGGAGUCUUUGUGUUGGAGUACUGUAAGUGCCUGGCUCUGAAGCAGCCUCUGCAGUUCUCUCAAGAGGACAUGCCUAAAGUCCGCAAGCGGAUCUACCAGGAGUUGUGUGAAGGCAAACUCAAAGACUGACCUUCGUCCAGGGAGACUUAGCGUCGCUAAUGGACACUGACCGUCGUUAAGGAGACCUACCAGGGAUGCCUCGCUGCUAGUAGGUCUCCUUAGCCCUGGGUCAAACACUGACGUGCUGUUCACGAAACUUGUUACGACUGACCGAUAACCACCGGUAAAGGGGCCCUUGUAAACUGACCACCAUUAAGGGCUCUCUUGAGGACAGAUGGCCGUUACCGGGGCCUCUUAAAGUCUGCUGCGUGCUGUUAUGUCUGUGACGGGGAACCAGUCACUGGGUCUUGUGUUCUCUGGCGGGCCUUGGACCGGUCCCUGGGUCUUGUGUUCUCUGGCGGGCCUUGGACCUGCCUGCUGGAGGAUGGAUGGAUGGAG